CACCCUCCUCCUCCCCUCCUCCCAUCCUUUCAGCCCGCCCCUCGCCCUGCGUGCACUCAACAUGGCAGCAGACAAGCAGAGGAGGGAGGUGAGCUAGAGAGAGAGAGAGAGAGAGAGAGAGAGAGAGACAGGCAGGCUGCCUCUAUCAGGGAAUACUGGUGCCAUUUUCAGCAUCGCAGGGUAAAAGGAUUGAGCUGUACGCUCGGCUCAGCUCAGCUCGCCUCGGCUCAGAACAGCUGAACAAGAGGGGGGGACUGGAGGGACAACAUAAAGGAGGAGAGAACGGCUGACCCCUAACACAGAACCCCUAACCCCCCUUCCCCCUUUCCCGUCUCACCUCACCUCCCCCUCCCAGCUCUGGCUACAGACGGAGAGCGCUAUGCAGUCCUUCCGCGAGCGCAGCGGUGGUUACCAGAGCAACCAACCCUGCUACCAGCAGGAGCCCCAUGAAUUAUCCCGCCUCGAGACCUACCGGCAACAUCCGCAUCAUCCCCACCCCCAGCACCCGCACCCAGGCCCCGGUCCACAUCCAGGCCCGGGCCCAGGCCCAGGGCACACCAGGUCAGGCUACGAGGCUCAUUCACUGGCGAACCCCACGAGCAUGCCUCCAGCUGGAGGAACUGGAAGCAAGGACUGUUACAGCCAGCAAGCCUACCCUGGCUACCCAGGUGGAGGGAAUGGGAGUGGGAAUGGGGGCACAGCACCCUCGCAGGCAAAGAAAGCCUACAGAGGAGCCAAAGUGGCCCCACCAAACCCCAGUCAGCACCUACAGGGUCCUGGUGGCUAUACUAACCACAUGGGCCCUGGGAGUUACUCAGCCCAGUAUAUGAGCGAGGGCCACCUCCAGCAGAAAUGGGAGGACUCCGCCCAGUUAGCACAGUAUGAUCCGGAGAUGGUGGGGCGUAUAGAGGCUGGUGGUACCCCUGCACCUGGCUCCUCGCAGUACAUGGACCAGACGAUGCUGGGCCACACCCAGACCCAGUGCCACCAGCCCGCCACCCCUGCCUAUACCAGCCCCCAUCAUCAGCCCCACCCACCUAACCCUUCCCCCUCUCCUCUCAUGUACCCCCAGAGUCACCUUCACUACCCCCAGCACUCACCCUCUCCUUCGCCGUACAUGGAAAAGUGCAGCCCCAUGCCCCACUGUUAUAAAGGUUACAACAUACCCCCCAACUCCCAGUAUGGCAGACAAAUGAGCAGCCACAGCAAUCUGAAGCAAGGGGGUUACAGGUCGACCCAGAACAGUUACGGCUACCAGCAGCCUCCCUCCAGAGGUUAUGAGCAGCAGCCCGCAUUACAGGCCAUGACCAACCCACAGGAGCCCCACCCUAAAUACCAACACUACAGCCAACCCCAACAAAACUACUGUCUCUCAGAGCUGUCGGUCAGAUCACCAGAACAGUAUUAUCAGACUUGUAGUCCCUCCUCAAGCCACUCCCCUGCACGCUCUGUAGGACGCUCCCCCUCGUACAGCUCCACUCCUUCACCACUAAUGACCAAUCCAGAGUCGUUCCAGUAUGGCCAACCUCCCAUGACCCCUGGGGCGGCCUCCUCCUCUUCAUCCUCUUCAGCUGGCAUGCAGGAGCAAGCCAGCACCAACACCAUGUUGAUGCCGCCCCGCUCGCACCCCUCACCCAAUGUGUCCCACACAGCCCCCCACAGCUACACCACCACACCGCAGGUCCCCACCAUGAAAGAACGCUUCUCGGAGAAGCUGUUGUCAAACCCCAGCUUGUGGAGCCUGAAUGCCCUCACCUCUCAGGUAGAGAACAUCUCUAAUAACGUCCAGCAGCUGCUGCUUUCAGAGGCCCUGGUGGCCAACAAGAAAGGCGGCAAGCGCAGCAGUGGGGGGAGCAACAGCAGUGCUGGAAGUGGAGCAUCCGUCAAAAAGGGUGAGGAGUACAAAAGUCCUCCAUAUCCAGAUGGUGGUGGUGGUGGUGUUGGUGGAGGCCCCAUGCAGGACCCUUACUCUACCCCACAGCACCAACCAAUGCCCAUGGAGCUCCACGAGGGUGGCUACUCCAGCAGUAGUGAUGAACAACUGGAGAGAAGCUACUAUUACUGUGGCCAGGGCAGAAGUCCAGCACAGGCCCCCAAUAACACACAACUCAGCCUGGAUACAACCUCUUCGUGCUCCAUGACAUCUCCAGACGAUAUGUCCACCAGGUCUGGGGACUCAGGUCUGCACAACCUAACCCCUGACCCUAAUAGAUGCCAGUCUGGGCAGGGAGGAGAUGGCAUGAGUACUCCGGUGAAGAGCAUUGGCGAUGAGAGGUCUCCUACAAGCAUUACAAUCCCCAGUCCUAUGAAACAAGAAAGAGACUCCCCUUCGGAUAUACAGCAUAUCAACGAGCCCGUCAAGGAGAACUUUGAAGAAUCAGCCUGGACGGAGAAAUCAGCUGACAAAGAGGAGGUGUCAACGGAUAAAACUCCUGACCGCGAGAGAGAUUCAGACACUAAAUCUACAGAGAAUCUGGAGAAAUGGUCAGAUGAAGAGAAAUGCCCAGCUCUCUACAGCAAAGUAAACAAAGAGAUGACAGAAAAAAGCUAUUGCUACAAGGAGACAGUGUACCAAAGUGUCCAGAGCAAAUAUGACCCUGAUGCAGGAGACUCUGUUGAACAGUCCCCGGCAGCUCUCUCUGACUCCAGCCACAAGGACAACUUUGUCCAUGAGAUGAAAUCAGAGGCGUUCAAAUCUGAGUCUCCAACUGCAUCUGAGAGCUCAGUGAAAACGCUGCCUUUCAUUUCUCGAGGUGACCUUGAGCAGGAUCAAUACUCCACAGAGAAGGAGGACAGCUCUGAGAACACCUCGCCAACCCCCCAGGUUGAGGCCUUGGAUGAGAGCAACUCAGACAAGAGAGAGAGCAGAGAUGAGGAGGAUGAAGAAGAAGAGGAGGGGGGUGGACAGGAGGAGGUAGAUGAAGAGGAAGAAGGAGACAUACAGAAAGAACAACAUUGUCUUUCCCCUCCUCUGUCUGCAGAGGUUAGUGAGGAACUGGAGGAAGGGGAGAACAUGUCAUCGACUGAGGAGCACAUGAAUGACAGAGAUGAGCAAGAAAAGCCUCCUGGAGAUCUCUGCAGCAGGACAGAGAAUCAGAGUACUGAGAUCCAUACCGACAACGAGCCAGUAGGGGCGCCCGCCCAUCCAAACGCAGCAGCAGCAACAGCAGCAGCAGAUGCUUCCGAAAGGGAGUCGGCCAUUGGUGACACGGCUCCUCAGCCUCAGUCUGCUAUGCCCGUCUUCUCAGCUCUCAAUGACAAGACAACACCUCCAGCUCAGGCCAGGGAUCAUAUUGAUCACAGUGAUGCUAAAGUGCUGGAGCCAGACUCUCCUCAACUGCCAGGGAAGUCCAUACUUCCCUCAGCCCCCUCCUGGGCAGACACUCCACCCUCCCCCAAAAAAGGUGACGAGGACAUGGAGCCGGGCACCAGCUGCGCCAGCGCUGUGACCCCUUUAGCCAAGCCAGAACCUGUGGCCCCAUCUGCUCAGCCGAGGGCUUUUGGACGUAAGCAUGCCAGGGGCAGGAGAAGAAUCAUGCAUUCAGGUGUGGGAAUCAGGCGACAGCUAAGCCUGGAGAGGGAGGGGGAAAAGGAGGAGGAAGGAGCCCCCUCGCCUACACAGAAACCCUGCAUGCCUCCAAGCAAGACUGUGCUAUUCUCAGAUCAGAUGGACCUAGCUCAUCAGGAACCUAUUGUGAGCCAGACUCCCAAAUCGCUAACUGAUGGUUUUCGUUCGAGAAUGUGCACACGCUCAUUCAAUGCACCAGACUUGCCGCCCAAAGUUGAGCCUCAUGUGAAGAGAAAACCAGGCCCUAAACCAGGUCCAAAGCCUGGGCUCAAACCUGGGCCAAAACCUGGACCAAAGCCUGGAGCAAAGCCAGGUUCAAAACCAGGGCCUAAACCUGGCCUAAAGCCUGGACCAAAGCCCGGGCCAAAACCUGGACUUAAACCAGGACCAAAACCUGUGCCAAAUGAACCAGAGCUGCCACCGAAAAUUGAGACUCCUGUGAAACGAAAACCAGGACCCAAACCGGGUUCAAAACCUGGGCCAAAACCCGGGCCAAAACUUGGAUCAAAACCUGGACCAAAACCUGGUCCAAAACUAGUUCUAAAGCCAGGUCCAAAGCCUGGCUCCAAGCCUGCAGAUGUUUUGCCCCCCGACGACCCUGCACCCUUCAAGGCCUCAGUGGGUCGCCCCAAAGGCUCAGUUACUAAAGCAAAGCUGGUACAACAAGAAGAAACCGUUCAACCUUUGCCAGGACUGCAAAGCAAGGGCAGGAAGAGCCCAAAAGUUACAAUAUCACAAGUAAACCAGGAUGUAAAACCAGUGAACCAGGAAGAAAAACAAGAAAACCAGGAGGUUAAGGCACCAGAGAAGGAGGUUAAGAACAUGGUCUUGAGAUCCAGAAAGCCCUCGCAAGAAAAACUGUCAAAAGAAAAAGAAAAAAUAAUAGCGGAAGAUACUCUGCCCCAGACACUAACAGAAAUUAAAGCCAGUGAUGAUUCUCCUUUAGUAGAGGAGCCUGUUGCAGUGGAACAAACUCAACCUCCCGUUCCUAAUGCGGUCAAAAACACGGAUGUUCCUGCAGACCCACCUGCACCACCUGCACCACCUGCACCAACUGAGCAAUCUGAAGAAAAGACAUCCCUUCCGCUAAAACGGAAACCUAGCCCAGAACUUUCCACAACACCAGUAAAGAAAAAGAGGGGACCGAAGCCCAAACAAAAACCCUUACCACCUCAACCCCCUCUGCUGGAACAGGUUGUCGCUCCACCUAAAGAGAAGAGUGUCCGGGGGCCCAGAAGAAAGCGAGGGGCACCCAAGAAAGUCUCUGUGGUCACUCCCCCACCCAAAGACUCUCCUCCCAACAUCAGCGAACCUGACAUCACUAGCGAUGUGCCCGUGGUGCCUCCUCAAUGCCCCACUAGAACAAAAGUUCUCCCACCACGCAAAGGCAGAGGACAGAAAUAUGAGGCCAUGGUGCAGAAAAUUACAUCUCCAAGCUCGAAGAAACACCUCCCAAUUCCCCAGAUAGACAGCAGUCUAAGUGACGAUGUGACUGGCAAGGCUUUGCCUCAACAUGUCUUAAAGGAAGGUGAAACACCUGUGCUCACAAAUAGCACUGAGGUGACAGAGGGAGAAGUGAAAAGCAUAGAGUCUAAACAAGACGGAGCAGUGAGAAAAAAGGAGGUGACGCAUGAACGAGAAAAACUUGAGGUGAGUCAAGAGGCAUCAACGCCAGAGGAGGUGAGACAAGGGAUGGAAGACAAGGUUGUAAAGAAGGAGGAGACCAGACGAGAAAACAUUAAACACACAGGGACACAGCAGGAUGUCGGAGCUGACAAGGUUUGGAGCUCAAUAGAGGCCCCAGAGAAAGCCAGGGCUCCAGGAGAGUGGACACAACAGGCCUCAGAAGGUGUAUCUUCUGCUGCCACUAAGUCCGCCAGAACUAAAAGGAAGAGGUGGGCCAUGGUGGAGAGCACAGAUGCCUCAAUAGUAGCCUUGGAAGCAGGGAGUCUAAUAGUUACAACACCAAGGCUAGCCAAGCAGAGGGCCAUUAAAAACAACCAUGAGAUGCACCUAAAACAGAGGAGAAAGAAGAGAAAAGGCCAAGCCCCUUUAGAAGAAACAGAGACAGUCGAGGAGACAAAUAUUGAAACAGCAGAACAACAACAACAGGAGAGGGUAGAAGAGAAGGUAACCCCCACAGAGUCCACAGUACCUCUGCCAAUCAGCACAGAUGAGAUCACAGAAGCCCCUCAGGUUACCAGCACAGAACUCAUUCAGAAACCUCGGAGAGGCAGAAAACCAUCCUCAAAUCCAACUCAGAGGAAACGAGGCAAAGCCUCAUCAGAGCAGAUUCCUGGCAAGCCGGUGAAGGUCCACAAAAAGCCUGGGCCAAAGCCCGGGAUGAAAGACGCCAUGGAGGUUAUAGAGGCGGUAGUGAGGGCUGCAGGAUGCGAACGGGAUGAAAAAGAGGAGAGAGAAAAAGAAGAAAUGGAAAGACGGGAAAGAGAAAACAAGGACAAACCAGAGACAUGCACUGUUGGUCCUGUAGUAACAAUAUCGGAAAAAAAGACUGAGAUCAUUUCUGUGAAAAGAAUCAGACGCAAACCAGUCCAUCAAAAUCCUAAUCUGUCUUUCUGUCCUUAUGUGCGGAUUAACAACUCCAGAGACUUCUCUUCUUGGUGUGCCAUAGUCAACAAGCCUGAGGACGCAGUAAUAUUUCAGAGACGUAGAAAAAAGGGCAUACUCCGAAUGAGGAAUCCUUUCACUGUUGCAAAAAUAGUGCCACACACUGCAGCCAUGCUGCAAGGACCCCUGGUAAGAAGAAAUCUAACUGACAGGUGUCUUACGUGUUGCCUGUGUGGAAAGCCAGCAAAUUACAGAGACCUGGGUGAUUUGUGCGGACCCUACUACACAGAGGAUGGCGUCCCACGGAAAAUCUUGACGACCGGGCACACGGAAGAGUCGCAGAAAGCCAACAGUAGCAGCAGCAGCAGUGAAGAACCAAGCAACUCCUCAAAGAGCGAAGGCGACACAGAAAAGGAGGGCAACAUGGAGGCGUCCGCUCAAGAGGGCGGUAGUAGCAGGCACCAUCAUUGGCGCCACCGGCGGGCAGAGAGAGUGGAGAGAAUGGGUCAGGAGGGUGGUCCGCGUAGAUUAACUCUCCGAGAGAGAUUCAGAAGGAUGAAGCAGCUCCAGGCCGUCGGCACGGGGGCCUCGAGUGACCAAGAGGGUGGCGACAGCAUGUUCCACCGGCUACAAGUGGAGGCAGAGGCCAAGGAGCACUGGGCCCAUGAAAACUGUGCCAUCUGGACCAAGGGGGUAAUUAUGGUAGCUGGGAGGCUAUACGGACUGAGGGAGGCUGCCAACAACUCAGCCCAAACGGCUGCACAUUCCACGAGGAUGACUUCUCCAUCAAAUGUCCUAAACAUGAGGACCUGUAAGAUAUUCCAGUUCACCACCUCCACCAACUCCACCACCACCUCUCAACCAGGCGAGCACCACCUAUCCAGCGAGGCUAAACAAAGAUGCUGUCCUAACAGCCACCUAAACCUAGAAAACACGGUGAUGACUGAUGACGGACAGGCACGCCGGCCGGAGGGGGUAAAAAAGCUGCGCUGAGGUGGAUGCGAGGAGCAACACGAACCCUCUGCAAAGAGAGAAACGCUGCUGCUCCCUGAACCCGGCCUGGAAAUGUGUUUUCCCCAACUUGAGCCCCUUUACUGGACGGCAGCGGCGCUGUUUAACGGGAGGAUAGACUUUAGAGAAGCCUAGAGCCCAGUGCACGGGGGGGGGGGGCUGUUUGAAAUGCAGAGCGAGGAAUGUGUGUGUGAUGGGUUGCUAUCAUAUUCAGACACCUGGUGGACACUGAUUGGACCGGAGCGUCCCUCUGGCCACCUUUGUCUGCGGGCCAAGAGGUGUGUAUGCGCGUGCGUGAGUGUGUCUAUCACCAUUGUCAUCAUCAUCACCAUCAGUGUGUUUGUGCAUUACGUGUCUGUGUGAGCGAAGAAAUCUCCAUUUUCAAGAAGCAUCAUCGCAUCAAAAAAGCAGCAGCCAACCACUGGAUGUACUCUCUCUCAAUGUUUGUGUUUAAAAACAAAAAUUAAAAAGAAAAAAGGAAACUGUACAUGAUGAUAAUGUGCUUUACAGGUUCUAAAUAUUCUGAUAUUGAAGAAGAAAAAAAAAAUGGACGCAGUAUUUUACUAUAAUGCUCUUAUCUUCGGAGAUGUAUUUUGAUGUGCAUUAUGACUAUACGACAUCAUGGCGUCACCCCCCUUGGUAUAUGUCAGGCUUUGUUGUAAUUCAAUUAAAAA